AAGAAUCUAGACACGGGGAAAGGAGUUUGUCAUCAGCACCACGGACAGCGCAAUUACCCCAAAGCAAAAAGGAGGGAAGCCGCUGACGAUGGACGAGUUUGAGAAAUUCAUCGGAUUCUCACCCAUCAUCAAAGACGUCAUGCGCCGAGUCACCGCCAGCGGCGCCGACGGCGGCAAGGGCGGUCUGGGGUCGAAAUCCUCGAAGAACGGCAAGCCAAACAAGAAGAAGGCGAACUGGCUAAAAAACAUAAAAUUCGUUGCUGGAUUGAAAUCUGAUAGAGAAGCGAGCAAAGAGAAAUCGAACUCGUCGUCGGAGAGGUUAAAAGUUCAUCAACACGGCAAGUCGUACAAAGAAAUGACUGGGUUGUACAUGUGCCAAGAGAUUCAAGCACACCAAGGGUCGAUAUGGACGAUGAAGUUUAGCUCAGAUUCUCGAUACUUAGCGAGUGCAGGCGAGGAUAGAAUUGUGAGUGUUUGGAGAGUUGUGGAGCGCGAUACGCUAACUUCUUCGUUGCACCGGCAGGAUCAACCGUCGUCGCCGAGCAAGCAACCUCCACUGGGGCACGGUGGGUCGUCGUCGCUCAGUAUAUCGAAGAGGAUGAAGAAGGGGAAGGGUUCAGGCGGAGUGCCGGAUUAUAUUGUGAUUCCUGAGACGAUGUUCUCUCUGUCUGCAGAGCCAAUUUGCUCUCUGAAAGGGCAUUCGGAUGAUGUCUUGGAUCUUUCUUGGUCGAAAUCACAGUAUUUGCUGUCAUCAUCAAUGGACAAAACUGUGAGACUCUGGGAUAUUGAAACCAAGACUUGCGUGAAGAUGUUUGCGCAUAGCGAUUACGUUACGUGCAUCCAGUUCAAUCCAACGGAUGAAAGAUACUUCAUUAGCGGUUCACUUGAUGCCAAGGUUAGGUUGUGGAGCGUACCAGAUCGUCUCGUCGUCGACUGGACUGACAUCCAUGAAAUGGUUACUGCAACUUGCUAUACGCCAGAUGGUCAGGGUGCCUUAGUUGGUUCACAUAAAGGGAGUUGCCGCUUUUACAACACAUCUGAUGCUAAGCUUAGCCAAGAACGUCAGAUAGAAGCACGAACCAAGAAAAAGAAGUCCAAUGCAAAAAAGAUUACUGGUCUCCAGUUUGCCCCAGAUAAUUCAUCUGAAGUACUGAUCACCUCUGCUGAUUCUCAAAUUAGAGUCUUUGAUGGCGAGAACAUGAUUCACAAGUUCCGAGGUUUUCGGAAUACAAGCAGUCAGAUAUCAGCAUCAUGCACGAUGGAUGGUAAGUACGUAGUCUGCGCGAGCGAGGACUCUCACGUCUACAUCUGGAAACGAGACAGACCCCGGGGAAAAGGCAAAGCCACCACCCGCUCCCACGAGCACUUCUUCUGCAAAGACGUCUCCGUCGCUGUCCCGUGGCCCAACGGCGGACCCCACUGCGAGCCAUCCCCCGACCUCCCAUCGUGGUCCAGACCAACCACCGACCGCAGCGCAUCAAAUCUCCAGGACAUGUUCCCGAGCAGCAGAAGUCACAACUCUCCUGCUGUAGAUUCAGAAGAGGCCAAUGGAUCGCCGAGGGUGAUAGAGAGCUCGUCGUUGCUCUCGGGGUCAGCGAGCUUGAGGUCUGGUCAAUGUGCGGGAUCAUCGAUGUCCGCGUCCGUCACGUCGUCGUCGUCGUCAUUUUCGUCAUGGGGGUGGGGCGCGGGUGCAGGCAACAAGGUGGCGAGUGCGGAGGAUGCGAACGCGUGGGGUCUGGUGGUUGUGACUGCUGGGUUGGGAGGUAAUAUUAGGGUUUAUCAGAAUUUCGGGGUGCCGCUUAGACUAAGAGGGCAAUUUUGAAAUGUAGUAUCGGAAUGGUUUUUUUUUUUUUUUGGUUUUUCUCUUUGUUGAGAAACACAAGAUGGAAGAGGGAUAUCCUUCUUUUGUAAGAUGUGUAAUGUACUGCGUGUGAUAUGUAUAUCUGUUACAGUUAGGUGCA